CUCUUUUCAUCUCUCCCGUGGAAACUAAACCAAUUUAGUUAGUCCCAUGGAUUGGUACAAGAUAUCUCACUCGCACCUCAACCUUCACGGCCUCAACCUUCACAUAGCCCACAUAGGAGAAGGUGAAUUGGGUAAUGUAGUGUUCCUCCAUGGGUUUCCAGAGAUUUGGUACUCAUGGAGGCAUCAAAUGAUGGCCGUGGCCGAGGCAGGAUACCGAGCGAUUGCGAUGGAUUUUCGCGGUUUCGGGCUCUCUGAUGGGCCACAGGAGCUUGAGAAGGCUUCGUGGGAUGAUUUAAUUGAUGAUCUAGUUGCUGUUCUUGAUUCUCUUACCAUUCCCAAGGCAUUCAUCGUUGGCAAGGAUUUUGGAGCCAAACCCGCGUUUGAUUUUGCGAUCCAACACCCAGACCGAGUCUCAGGUAUCAUAACUGUGGGCGUGCCUUUUGCUCCCAAAUCCUUCUCCACAGUCCGUGAACCUCCCAAAGGCUUCUACAUAACAAGAUGGAGGGAACCUGGACGAGCAGAAGCAGACUUUGCCCGUUUUGACACGAAAACAGUACUUCAAAACAUCUACAUUCUCUUCUCCGGUAGUGAGCUUCCGGUAGCUGGGGACGGUCACGAAAUAAUGGAUCUUGUAGACCCUUUAACUCCUUUGCCCCAGUGGUUAAGUGAAAAAGAUCUCCAAGUUUAUACUGAUUUAUAUGAGAAGUCUGGAUUCGUGGCUCCUAUGCAAAUUCCAUACAGGAAACUCAAAGUCUUAAAGCUUCAUCCCAGGUCAUUUCAUAACAUGAAGGAAGUCGCCAACCCCAAAGUAGAAGCUCCUGCGUUGCUGAUUAUGGGAGAAAAGGACUACAUUUUCAAAUUUUCUGGCAUGGAUGAAUAUGUUAGAAAUGGCGAGGUGAAAGAAUUCGUUCCAGAUUUGGAGAUCGUAUAUAUUCCUGAAGGAACUCAUUUUGUUCAGGAGCAGUUCCCAGACCAAGUGAAUCAGCUCAUUAUCAGAUUCAUUAAUAACAUUGUUUCAGGCAGAAAAUUUUCUUCUGGAGUCUGAGAUGUUUGGUUUUCUAAAUGCUGUAAUUUGAAUGAUGAAGCACAAAGCUUGCUCCUUUUUAUCAAAUGAGUGGAUCGCGUGCUGAAUUAUAUGUAAUGUUUUCUGAACUUGACCUGAAUAAAGCUUGCCUGAAUCUUACCUGUA